AUGGCAGGCCCUAAGAUCCUGCUGCUGACCAACAGCGAGUACGGUCAAGCAAUCGUCACUCUGUCAGUCGCCCACGAAUUCCUCCUCCGCGACUACGACGUGCAUGUCGCCUCGUUCAGUCCCCUCCGUCGCCAGGUGGAUGAUCUGAAUGCUCGCGCGGCGAAAUACGGCGCUACCGGCACGGUAACCUUCCACGAAGUCGCGGGGCUGUCGAUGAAGGAGGCAUUCAAGCAGAGAUGGUCAUCCACUGGGUAUCCGAUGCACCCUCCAGGGUUCCAUGCUUCGUUGGAGACGUUCAGGUCGCUGCUUGUGCAGUUAUUCGCGGCCUGGGAUGGCCCGGGGUACAUGGAGGGGUAUGAGAGCGUGUUGGCCAUAAUGGAGGAGAUUCAGCCAGAGAUCAUCACCGUGGAGCCAGCUUUUGGCCAGGCGGUCGAUGCGUGUCAAAAAUCGGGCAGAGAAUUCAUCGUCCUAAGCCCUAAUUUCUAUCUGGAUCAUGUAGUGCAGCCGCGGCUGGGAAACGUCUGGAAAUAUCCUGCUGUGUGCUCCGGUUAUCCGUUUCCCAUCCCGUGGCGCUUAUUCCUCCCCAAUAUCUAUCUUAACGCCGGAAUUAUAAAGACAUACGUCAGCUCUCCUAUUACAAAAGCCCUGAAUCGCUACCGCAACGAGCGUGGUCUCUCAGGGCCUUUGCCCAUCUACAUGAGCCUGACUAACCCCCGGAUCCCUUUCGUGCUGGCCUGCACCCCGGAGAUUGACCUUCCGUGCCAUUUUACCAAGCAAUACACCGGUUGUGGACCCAUCCUGCUGCCCUAUCGACCUGUCGCGGUUGAAAGCCCCGAGCUGGCAGCGUGGUUGGCCAAGGCGCCCACGGUGCUCAUAAAUCUGGGGUCAAAUGUGGAGUACACAGCGGAAGAUGUGAAGCAGUUUGUAGAGGGGAUUCAGGUUCUCCUCUCCUGCAGAAGCGAUGUUCAGGUGCUGUGGAAGAGAAGAAUGCUGGCUGGCCAAGAUGGCGACUCAGUACUCCCAGACGAUCCUUCUUUCGUCAAACGCGUCCGAAUCGAGAACUGGCUGGACGUUGAUCCAGGUUGCAUCCUGGAGAGCGGAAAUGUGAUCUGUAUGGUUCAUCAUGGCGGGGCCAAUUCCUAUAACGAAGCAAUCACAGCUGGAAUCCCCCAUAUUGUCCUGCCUGUCUGGUUCGACACAUACGCAUUCGCCAACCGAGUCGAGUACCACGGCAUCGGAGUAUGGGGAAGCAAGAAGAGCGCACCCCAUGCCAACGGCAAGGAGCUCGGCGAGGCCUUCCGGCGCGUCCUCGCCAGCGAAGAGUCAGAGACGAUGCACACCAAGGCGCAGGCACUCAUGAAGACCUUGUCGCCGACACCUGGACGUGUAUUGGCCUUCGACAGGAUAUUCUACACCAUGGCUGAAACACAGAUUGCGUGGAUUGGACUGGGAAACAUGGGGAGGGGAAUGUGCAAGAACAUCGUCGAGAAGGGCCCCCAGAAGACUCCCGUGAUCAUAUUCAAUCGCACAGCGGCGCGAGCGACUGCGUUUGCGGAGACCCUCGGAGGCGCAGACAAGGCGACCGUCGCGACGAGCAUCCCCGAGGCCGUGACCCCCGCCUCGGUGGUCUUUAUCUGCGUCGGCGACGACCCCGCGGUGGAGCAGAUCGUGGAAUCGAUCCUGACGGUUGACGUGACGGGCAAGACCAUUGUGGACUGCUCGACCGUGCACCCGGACACUACUCGGCGCGUCAACGAGACCCUGACGCAGCGGGGGGCCUCCUUCGUGGCGUGCCCGGUGUUUGGCGCCCCGGCCUUUGCAGACGCCGGCCAGCUGGUCGCUGUACCUGCUGGUCCGACGGCAGACGUCGCUCGCAUCAAGCCCUUCCUGCAGGAUGUGACUUCCCGUGCGGUCAUCGAUAUGUCCGGCGGCGACAUCGGGCGCGCCAGCCUGCUCAAGAUCCUCGGCAACACGUACAUCCUCAACACGGUCGAGACGCUGUCCGAGGGUAUGGUUCUGGCCGAGAAGUCCGGGCUGGGCACCGACGCGUACCAGCAGUGGAUGGAGAUCAUGUUCCCGGGGGCGUUUGCCAAGUAUGCCCACCGGAUGACCAGCGGCGACUAUUAUCAGCGUGAGGAGCCGCUGUUCGCCGUCGACCUGGCGCGCAAGGAUCUCCGCCAUGCGAAGAACCUCGCUGCGGACGCCGGCGUACGUUUGCCCAGUACGGAGAUCACCGAUGCCUACCUCGCUUCCGUCAAGGAGACCAAGGGCGAGAAGGGCGAUAUCGCUGGGAUUUAUGGAGCGGUGCGCAAGGAGUCUGGAUUGCCGUACGAGAAUAAGUAG